GCGUGCGCCUUGUUUUGAGUGACCGUCACAUGACGAUUGUCUAUUUCAAGAUGGCUGUGGAAAUGUGCUUCUUAGGCAAAGGUUUCCGAUGCUUAGUGCUGUUUCUGUUCAUAUUACAGCUAUUUACUCCGGUCUUUUCCAUUAAAAGAAAGUUGAAUCUCCAGGAAUACCUAUGUCCUCCGAAAAUACAAGAAUGCAAGGAUAAGAACAUCAGCCUUGUGUACGUGUCAGCAGAGAGUGCCGAUCAUGACAAUGUGGUACAUUUUGUGUGGAGUGGAUUCCAAGGACCAAGCAUAAUCAAUGCUUACUCGGAGAAGCUUCCCGAAAAGCAUGCCAAACCAGGGCUAAAUGUGAAAUGGGAAAAUCUUUUCAAAAAUGACACUGAAGGAGCAUUGGAGUUUACUCCAAAAGUAGACUACAUCACAGCCUUUUCAUUAUCAUCUGUACUGCAGUUUGCAGACCCAAAAGAUGAGAUAUAUUUUACCAAGACAGGAGGUGUAAUCGAACACAACUUGAGGUCUGUCCAGUGGAGAAAAGUGAUACUUGACAAGGAUAAUGACAAUGCCACAUUUGUUGGAGAAUUUCUUGGUGGAACAAUUUCUUUUUCUUGUGCUGCUGCUGAUCAUGAUGACAGGGAUGAAGAACCCCCACGCCCCCGCUAUAGCAGUAACUCUACACGCUUUACAGUAAACUUGAGUCAUCUGAAAACAAAUAGCACUGACCGCCUUGCUCUGGAAUUUGUUUCUGUUGUGAAGAGUGAAGAAUCCAUGCCCUCUUGUAGUAGGGAAUUUCAAUCUAUUGAUGAUGAGCAUUCUCCAGGAAUCUUCAGAACAGUUGUUAUCAACAAUACUUAUGCAACUUAUAGUUCAUUUAUAUCCUGGAAACCAGUUAUGUACACAAAGCUAGACCGUGGCUUAAAAACGCAACUCCCUGCAUUUAACUACUUAUAUAAAAACGGGAAAUUCGAGCAAACAAAGAUUAGCAGUAAGCAUUGUUUUGAUCUCACGGAGAGAAAGACUUUGCUGCCAAAGAUCAUACUAGGAGCCAUGUCAAAAGAUAUUAUAACAUAUCCUAUAAGGCUCUCAUCGGGGCAGAAGAAAGAUGGCUGGUAUAAAGCAACACAGCUACUAAGCUGGUCCGGACAAGCUGGUUGUGGACAACCUCUCUUUGACUCCAUUUCCAAGACAUUGUACAUCACCAUCAUUGCUGGAUUAGGGAUACCAGCAUUGAUUAUUCUAGGUGGUAGCAUUUAUGUGUGUGUAAAAAAAUAUAAAGAUAGAAAAACAGCUUCCUCAUAUGGAAGAAUUAAUUGAGUUCAUUAAAGCAUUCAUAAAAUAAUUAGUGAAAUUGUACAAAACAUUGAAAGUAGCAGUAUGUACAUCACUUAGGCGCAUACCCAGGAUUUGCUGGGGGGGAUGGGGGGCGCAGUCAUAGGUAUAUCAGAAAAGGAUAGUAUUCAAGCUGGGGGGAGGGCGCAGCCUGGCACUAAUACCAUAAUGGAUUCCAGCUAAACUUCAGAAUACCCGUCCAUUUAUUCAAGUACCAUUGUGAACAUUGUGGAUUCUUUGUGGACAGGUAUCCUAAAGUUGCUCCUGUAUUCUAGGCCUAGUAUGAUUGCAGUUCCUGGUAAAAGUGGCCCUUGCAGACUAAAAAUACAUUUAUUCUUUUUUUUUAAAGAAAAAAAAAACACACAAAAAAAGAAAGGGUUUCCAAUAAGAUCUGCAUUAAAAUACCUUAAUAUGUACAAUCUAUAAUUGGCAACUUCUGGCCUUACACAGGUUUUUAUUGCCUCGCCGCAGACUUUCGAAAGUCUCUUAGGGCUACUUGUAAAUGCAAACUAGUAAAAGUGCAAAGAGAUGUGUGAGGUUUUGGGGCCACAGUAGUACUGUAACUUUCAUCUAAAAUCACAAAUGGUACAUAUGAAAACAAAGAUAACAUUGAAACUUUAUUUGCCCAACUUCAAAACCAUUUUGAAGGACUUUUUAGUAAGCCGAGUAUUAGGUCAUAUAUAUAUUUUUGUUACACAUUGUGUGCAGAAAUCUCAAAUGAGUCCUCAAAAAGUAACAAAGAAAUAAUGCACAUAGAAUACAUAUUACUAAUUUGAUAAUAAAAGAUUGUUUGCAAA